AUGGCGAAAGUUGAGGGCAAGUUUGUGAAGAGGGCCAGGAAGGCCAGGACGCUCCGUGGUUUGGUAGAGCGGGUGUCAGCUUUGGAGGAAAAGCUGCGAAUGACAAAUCGUGUGCUGUGGGAUGUCGUCGAGGAGAAGAAAAAGUUGGAGGAUAAUUUGCGGAUGACAAGUCAGGUGGUCUUCAGCAUGAGCGAGUCCAUGAACUACGGGCUGCCGGCAGGUGAGGCACCAGAUGAUUAUAUCCGGAAAGAUGACGACGACAACAAAAAGAACGAUGACCAGCAGAAGGACGAUGACCAGAAGCACGACGAUGACACCAAAGAUGAUGACAUGCAGACCUGA